AUAUGCAAUAAGUGGAAACUCAAUAUUGCUAUUAUAGUAAUUUCAACUUAUUCGAGAGCACAUCUCAAUUAUUGAAGAAAGACAAGUUUGUUAAAUCGUUGUUGCAAACCUUGGGAGAAGAGUGGCGAAUAUAUGCUGGACGAGCAAUCACUAUAGAAUUGGAUGGAUAAAUAAAUUAUUUGGCAUGGUAAUUUUGUUUUGAAAAUUUACUCUUCGCCUGGUUGGAGAACGAAGACUCACAAUAUGAAGAAUUUUACAAUUAAUCAAUUCAACGCAUAAGUCCUUAUAAUAUUGGUAUUAAACAAAUAAAUUUAAAUUAGAUGUUGUUUAUUUUAGGCCUGUGUUCGAUGGCUUCUUUUAUUCUGCUCAACAAUUGUGGCAAAAGAUGAGAUUGAGUAGACCACCUUCCCAAGAGUCUUUCAAGUCCCUAGAUCAGAUUAAGUAGGAGGAUAUCAAAUCAAUGUCCAAUAUUCUGAAACCUUUGGUAAUUGUAAGCGAAAGGAUUAUCAAUUAUUUCCGAAAGGAAGAACAAGCUUAGCCCUAAACAGUCGAGUAUCCACAAUACCAAUAGUCGAGUUGGAAACAAAUCUCUAAAUUAACAGAAGACUCUCUGCCACUUGAUUUAGUUGAGAAUGCAUACAUUUAUGUUAGUUAAUUCAUCCAGAAAACCUACAAGAAUUGCCAAGUAGCAAAAUCAUUCAUUGUUAAUAUCAUUGAGUUAAAUCAUGAUGUAUUGAGCAAAUUCUAGAUUUCAAAUUAGUAAAUUAAAAUCAGAAUUAUGUAACCAUCUUGUUUAAUGUACGAUAAUUUGUUAUCAAUUUGGACUUUGGCAAAUUCAGGGGUUUAACCUUAAUAUUUCGAUUUAAUAGGCAGGGCAAAAUCCUUAUUGGGAAACAAUUGGAAAGAUAAUUAUUAGUAGCCUGUUGAAGUAUUUUUUUAGUUGAUGGGCAAAUUGUAUGGAAACAUUAUUCUAAAUCCAUAAAUAAAAUCAGAAGACCAAUUAAACCAUUUGUUGAAGAAUAUGAGAAUUUAAAUGGCCUAAUUGUGGGAACAAGAAAUAGUUAAUUCAACAUUAGAAAAAUAAUGA